CGUUGCGCUUGGUGCCGUCGACAUGGGUCCCUUCGCACUCCUUGACCUUGAGCCAUGGCCAAACCGGUAUGGUGUCACAACACUUCCGCAUGCCUCUCAGGCCGAUGGGCCGUGGAUGGGAGAUUUCUCUUCCCUCGCCUAGCAAGUUGGGUGACUCUGGCUCUUCUUCGUCAACGUAACCAACCAAGGUGAGCGAGGAGACACCAUUACCGAUGCGCACCUUCAUUGCACGCGAUCCCCAGGUUUCCAUGUUUGCCUGUCUCCCUGCGUGAUCAACCCGCUGGCAUACCUCUUCGGCCAAGGUUCACCUCCCACCAAUAUCGCAAAGAGCGAACUGCGAACGAGGAUGGCGACUGUCAUAGCACCCGUGGAAUUGCCCACGGGCAGACGCUCCUAUUUCAAUCCUGAACCAGGCCCAGACAUACAUGAUCCCAACUGGAUCCCGGUAUUAGAUGGUGCGCAGUACAAACCGCCGUCACCCUCGGCGGAGAAAGAAGUGUUGCCCUUUACGCCCUCCGCCUCAUUCUCUCUAUUCCCAAGUCAAUCGCAAACCACCUCGCCGAAACCACGACCACCGGUAUCCCACAACUACUCCAAAAGCUCACUCGCUCCUGAGAGUAUAGCCUCCGAGUCCCGAUCACAAAGUCCUAGUGACAAUGUCGAGCCACUGCCCACUCUUUCAAACCUGGUGUACCAAGCUCAAAGCGAUGCAGGAGGCCAUCAUCGCCGGAAGACGUCCCUCGGGUCGAGGUCGACUGAAGAGAAGAUUUCCGUGGGCAGAGAAACGCCGGUGGGCGACGUGACGAGCGCACGGAGUACCGAGGAGAGGGCGAGUGUGGUCGAAGAACGCCCGUUUGCCUAUCAAGAGCAACGUGACGAGCAGACAGGGACAAGGCCAUCUACAGCGUCAGGCCGAAAGCCUACAGUGCUCCCGCCAACGUCAAAAUACAACCGUAAGCCAGUGCCAAUCGCACGACCACCCUUCGCAGCGAGCCUGCCUCAAACGCCCCAAGACUCUCCACGGUUGGGCCCUACCAUGCCCACCACAGCUCCCUCGACGCCCCUGUCCCAGGCUCAUCCAUCACCGAGACUGAUACCAUCUGAUCUACCACCUCCUCCACAACCGCCUGAAAGUGUGCCGAAACUCCAGCCCAUGAAGUCCACCGCUUCCGAACGUCGUCAGCGUGCUUUACACUCUCACCCCUCGAACAUCUCGCUCCGAUCUCAAGCCAACUCCAGUUCAGAUGAUGCAGAGAUCCGGUCAAAGCCUCCAUCCCUGCGUAAGCCAAGGAAAUCAACCGACUCACGCGCAACAACACGGUCUGCCAUGUAUGAUUCCCAAAUGCCGAGUCCAGCACCUACCACCCCGCUACCACAAUUACCGCCGGAAGCCCGACGGCCGCCUACUCGGGACAAUAACGCGUCGCAAAACUCGACGCCAGCUUUGCCCAGUGAACCCUUCUUGCCGAGUACUCCAACCGCGCGUGCAACGGAACAGUCUGAAACAGCAUCAUUCAUGACGGAGAAGAAUACGCUGGUGUUCAGACGCUUCGACAAUGUCCAUGUCAAACUUUUGCAGUGCUUGCAAGAGGAGAUCUCACAAUUAGAGAAGGAGCUGUCCAAGUUAGAAGACCCCGACACCGCAGAUAACUCUGGCGAUAAAACGUCUCAAAAGAUGCGCAUACUGAGGGAACUGCGAAAAGUAGUUGCUGAAUAUGAUCAUCUUUUUACCACGUGGAACAAGAUGCAAGCCAACAAGGCUAGCGAGACGACCACGGAUGAUUUGAAGCGGUGGUUACAAAGACCCGGAACGAGUGCAGGAGCAGGCUUGGGAAUCGACGUACGUCAGGACAUGCAAUGGCUUGAAGAGAACAAAAACGACUUGAGCACCAUCGACUUUAAUGAGAAGGAGGAAAUGGUGAAGAAAUCAGCGCCACAGCCUCAUGCGAAUAACAAUGGGGCCGCGGCAGGAUUCCUGGCCUUGUUUAAUUGCGCUGGAAAGAGGAAGUAAUGAUCUAGCGGUGGAUGGUAAAAGGGCACAUGGGCUUGAGCGUUUGCAGAUUUAUGAAGGGCAUACCAAUAGAGUAUAUAUAUCAGCGAUGAGACGACCUCACCUGUAUUGCAGUCUCGUGCAGAAGAAAUCAGACCCUGUGUGUAUGUCGCG